AUGGACAACGUGAAUCUCAAACGAGCCGACGCGCCGUCGCAGGCACAGGCACAGGCACAGAGCAGCAGUGCCGAACAAGAGAAAGAAAUUCUCACGCCCAAGCAGAGCUACGACAAGCACAAGGACACGCUGCGCGACAUCAUCACGGUAGACCACUUCAGCAACACGAUCCCCGACUCCAUCGUGGACCUCUGGCUCGCAGCGCUGGACCCCGGCAGCAGAAUCGCGCUGCCGGCCGGCGUCAAGGGCUUCUACGGCGGCGACCUGCGGUCGUCGAUCCCCAUCGAGCUGGCGCACGACUCGUACAAGUACGUCGUGCACGAAACUCAGGACAGGGCCAAGGUCGCCAAGUACGCCCGCCGCAUGCUCCUCGCCAUCUCGCUGCUGGACCUGGACAGUCUCGCGAGGAGGGACGCCAACCUCGCGGGUCUGGCGCUGUGGCACAAGGCGCUCGCGCAGGCGCGGCUCUCCGACAGCGACAGCGCUGCGCAACUGGCCGGCACGCUGAAGCAGUACGAGGCGUUGCGCCCGCAGGCGUCACUGCCCGACGCCAAGUUGCCACGGUCCGAACGCCUGAAGACGCGCCUGCUCGCCGUCGCCCAAGACCUCGGCAACGCCGAGACGGUCACAUGGCUCAAGAACUGGGAGCCGCGAGAAGAGUCUUCGUGA